AUUGUUUGUUUUUCGUAUGAAACAAUCUUAAAUGAAUACAUUUAACGCCAACGAUUGUAGAAAAAAUUGUUUUCUGCGGUAAUAGGCUUCAAUUUUGCGCACUCGAGCGAAAAAGUUGUUUUUUAAUACUUACACGUAGGUAAACACUAAAAGUGUUAUCAUUCUUUCUCUUUGUGUAGUAAAAUAUUGUGUUUUACACUUUUAACAUAUUUAAUUUGUUAUUUUCCUUUAGAAAAUACACGCAACGCGCACAAAUUGCCAUAAUUUAAUAUAAAACUAUUAAAUUAAAUUAAAUAUUGUGUGCAUGUGGAUAAAAAACAAGUUUAUGGCUUAAAAUAACCAAAACUUUACUUCUCUGCGGCUAUAAAACAGUUUUAUGAUUCAAUAUGGCGGUUUCCGCUCGGAAAAUUAACCUAAAACAUCAAUUUUCUAUCAAAAUGAACACAAAAACUCUAAUUCUUUGUCGAUAUAAUAUUGAAUACAAUUUAUAUUGAUUUCAUUACUCUAUUGAUUAGUAAUGCGACGUAAUUUUCCUGAAAAUUUAUAGAAAUUGACAUAAUUCAGUUUUUAUUUUAUGGAAAAACACGCAAAUUGCGCAACAUCAUGCGCUGAUCCGCCACCAUCAUUGCUCGUGAAUGACGUGUGACGCUCCGCUGUGUGCCAUAUGCACUACUCCCCUCCAGCCCUGCGAGUGUAUCCUGCGUCCUGCCCUGACGUCCUGCCGCCUGCCUUGUUUGUCAAUUCGACUCUGAGCUGGCUGCUACGCAGCGCCCGUUCGCGCACACGGCUCUGCAAAGGCGCUGCGCUCCCAACAAAACGUAAUCAAUCAGAUAUGCGUUAGGCACCCGUCCAUCGCCAGUGCGCAUUCAGUGUUUAACGCAAUCCGCGAUCAAAUGUUUUCUUUCGUUACGUGCGUGUUUGAUGGCUGAAUAUUGAUGUGACAAGCAUCGCUUGUAUCGGUUACUCAUCCGAACGGAGCACCUAACCUGCAAAUCAUGGAUUGGACGCCGCAAGAAGACGUUCUCAAGCAAGUACUCGCCGUGCUCGAGGACUCGUUUAUACCCGAUAGUGUCGUCCAACGCAAUGUGCAAGAAAAUCUACGCCUACUACAGCAAAAUCCAGAAUUCUGUAGUUAUCUCCUGCUUGUCUGUGAGAGCAAUCAGACAUUUGAUGACAGGACACGAGCACUGGCUGGACUCAUACUCAAGAACAACAUUGUUUACCUCUACUCAAACAUUCCAGUCUAUGUGAAGCAUCAAAUGCAGCACAAAUGUCUUGCGAUGCUGAGUGACACCAGCAGAGAAGUACGAUUGAGUGCCUCAGUACUCAUUAAUGUCAUGGUGCAGAAGGAAGGCUUUGCAAGCAUGAGCAACAUAGUCUCAGUUAUACUCAAUCUGAUAUCAGCAGGCAAUGAUGAUGUGUGUGAGGCUGCAAUGAAGACUCUAGUCUUAGUGACUGAGGAUUACUUGAAUAGUUUGAAUUACUCCACUCAAAUUGAUGGAACAAUAAAAGGUCUACUGGGGACUUUUGUUGAGUUGACUGGACAUAGAAGUGUGGAAGUCAGGAAAUGGGCAUUCCGGAUCCUCAAUGAAACCCUACAGAAACACUAUUACUUGAUAAAUGCUGAUUUUGAUCGGAGAGGUUAUCUGGAGAAGUUAAUAUCGCACGCGAUUGAUGAACAUCCACAAAUUAUUCUUGCUGUUGUCCAAGGGUUUGUCACAUUUGUAAAUAAUCAAGAUGAUACUAUUCUGCCGGCGAUGAACGAUGUUAUCUGCUACAUGAUUACGAAAUCUGUGGAUGACAAUUCGGAUAUUGCCCAGCAAGCUGGGGAAUUUUGGCUGGCGCUUUCCAAACUCCAGUUGUGUGUUGGAAUGUUACGUGCGCAUCUCAAAAUGUUGAUUCCUAUUCUCCUUAAAAAUAUGAGAUAUUCUGAUUAUGAACUGAUAGUUCUUAAAGAUACCCUAGGAAAAGACCUGGAUACUCAGGACAGCGCCCAGGAUGUGAAACCUUUUGCCAAAGCAUCGGACGACGAUGACGAUCCGGAUAUUGCGUGCACGCUGCGAAAAUGCAGCGCAGCUUCACUGGACUCGCUCGCGAUACGUUUCGGCAGUGAACUCGUCGAUAUCGCCCUACCAUUAAUCCUCGCCAAUCUUGACUCAGAAGAUGCACUACUCAAAGAAUGCGGUAUACUUGCUUUCGGUGCCAUUGCCGAUGGCUGCUUCCAUUCGCUUGCGAAACACUUGGCUGACUUACUUCCGCUGUUCUUGGAGUGUAUGGAUCACCCCUCGGCGCUGGUGCGUAGCAUUACCUGUUGGACCCUCAGUAGAUAUACACGGUACAUCGUUUAUGAUGAUCAGUUAUUCCUGGCUACUCUGAAGUCGUUAUUGGAGCAUUCUUUGGAUGAUAACAAACGCGUGCAGCGUGCGGCUAUUUCUUCGUUUUGUUUCUUUCAAGAGGAGGCCAAGAUUAAACUGGUGGCUUAUAUAGAUGUUAUUACACAAGCGUUUGUGCGUGGUUUUGAUAUUUACAAAACACGCUCGUUGUUUUUGCUUUACGACGCCAUUGGAGUUUUGGCGCAAGGCGUUGGUUCUCAUUUUACGAGUGUUUUGGGUGUACUUAUGCCAAGGUUACUUGAUAGAUUUACCACGUUGGAUGAUUAUAACAAUCCAGAGGAGUUUCUUGCAAUCUGCGAGUGUUUAUCCAACGUGGUGAUUUCAGUCGGUGAUGAAUUCGCUCCCUAUGCUGAGCUUGUUUAUGUCAAAUGUACGAGUAUACUCACAGAAAAUAAUCUCGGCGAUAAUUCCGAUGAAGAAUAUGAUAAGAAUCUUGUCUGUGGUGCCAUGGAUCUCUUGGUUGCACUCUGCAGUACUUUGAAAGGACAGUUUGCCAGCUUUUUUGUUAAUUUGAAUUUUAUUGAUCAACUAUAUGGAGCCAUACAAGAUAAAUCUAUCAAUGUACGUCAGCCGGGUCUAGCGCUGCUCGGCGAGAUGGUGAAUCUAUGUUUUCCGUACGUCGCACAGCAUGUGCAUGUCUUUAUGCCGUUGAUUAUUGAGAAUCUCGAUAAGCGAUUCAAUGGCGCUUGUAAUAACGCUGCGUGGGUGAUUAACAAAUUGUGUAUUGCCAUGGAAUCCGCAAUGGCGCCAUAUGCAGGCAAGAUUAUUGAACAUGUGGCGGAGAUUCUGCAGAGUACGGAUGGUUUGCAGAAUAUGCACAAGACUGUUGCGAUUACAUUCUGUAUUCUGGGGUUGGUUUGUCCUACAGAGGUGUCUCCUUAUUUACGCACACUAAUGCGGCCUGUCUGUCGAAAUAUUCGGAAUGUAGCGGAUUGUGAGGAUAAAGAAAAUGCAUUCCGCGGUUUGUGCGAAUUAAUAAUGCGUAAUCCCGACGUAUUCGCUGAUGAUUUCAUUUAUUUCUGCGAUGCGGCCGCGUCCUGGAGCGAUGUCGAGACUGAGUUACGUAAAAAAAUUGCUUACAUGAUAAUGGAAUACAAGCAGCACAUGGGUAACAACUGGGAGGAAGUCUAUGGCACUUUUCCGCCAUUACUCAAAGGUCGACUUGCUGCGUUGUACGGUGUUUGAGCACCCGGAACAAAGAAAUGGAUCAGUAUUUCUGACUUUGGUGAUUAGAUCGAUUGUAUUGAAGUAUCAAUUGGAUUGAAGCAGGACGCGACGAUUGUUAGAAUCAAUGUUUAUUUUUUCUAAUGGAAAUUUUUAUUUGUGUGACGAAAACAACUGGAGAAUUUUGACGAUGAUGUUGUAUUUGCAUGUAUCAGUAUUCUAUUUUCUUACUGAGCGCUGUCAUGCUAAGUAAAACUUGAUGUGGCCUGCAGUAAUGGGAACUAAUUGAGAAAUAACCAAAUUUGGGACGCAAUUGAGAUUUGCUAGAAUGUCUAAUAGGUUUUAAGCAAAAGCAGAGUCCUUGUACUUGUAAAUGAAAACAAUUUCAAUGUGAUAUCAAAGAAUUAUCGAUGAUUUUAAAUGAAUAAUGUGUGUAUCUGUUUGGGAUUUAAUGUGAAUUUUACUAUGCGAAGAGUUAUUUCUUGUCUUACAAUUUGAUUGUAACUUUAGUAUUAUUUACUGUAUUAUAUCAAGACUGUGUAUACAAAAUCAACCAAAAAAUGAUAGUAAAUUGUAAAA